CUUUGACCCACCCCGACACACCGGCCUCCCCCCCUCCCCCCCCAACAAAAAAUCCAAUUUUUGAGGUUUCGCCUCCUCGAUCGAUCGCGCGACCCGGGUUUUUGAUCUCCUGCGAUCGAGAAUGUAUUGGAGAUGGGCGCUGUCGAGGGGGUUGAGCUCCGCCGCGGCGCGGUUCCACGGCCACGGGCGUUUUACGCAGAGAUUCUCCCAUGCGGCCCCCUGUGGGGGUUGCUUGGGGAGGAGCCCGUGGGAGACACGGUCGAAGGUAUUGGGUUGUACAGAAACUUAUUCUUUGGGAUUGCGUGGGUUGCAUGACAUAAGGUACCAGAUUCACCAGGACAGCAGUUCGAGAGCCGAGGAACCACUAGAUCCCUUUUCCUUAGUUGCUGAUGAACUGUCACUUCUUGCUAAUAGACUGCGUUCGAUGGUGGUCGCUGAGGUUCCCAAGCUGGCAUCAGCUGCUGAAUACUUUUUUAAAAUGGGAGCUGAGGGAAAAAGAUUCCGCCCUACCGUUUUAUUGCUGAUGGCGUCGGCCUUAAAUAUGCCCAUAUCACAAUCAGCUGCAGAUGGAGUGUUUAAUACCUUGUCAAACGAGUUGCGUACUCGGCAGCAGUGUAUUGCAGAAAUUACUGAAAUGAUUCAUGUGGCUAGUCUUCUUCAUGAUGAUGUAUUGGAUGAUGCUGACACUAGGCGCGGGAUUGGUUCAUUGAACUUUAUUAUGGGUAACAAGCUUGCUGUGCUGGCUGGUGAUUUUCUACUUUCUAGGGCUUGUGUUGCCCUUGCAUCCCUUAAGAAUACAGAGGUUGUAUCUCUACUGGCAACUGUUGUAGAACAUCUAGUUACUGGUGAAACAAUGCAGAUGACAACUACAUCUGAGCAACGUCGUAGCAUGGAGUAUUACUUGCAGAAGACAUACUACAAGACAGCUUCGCUGAUUUCAAAUAGUUGCAAAGCUAUUGCUCUUCUUGCAGGACAAACUGCAGAAGUUUCAAUACUUGCUUAUGAAUAUGGGCGAAACCUGGGUCUUGCAUUUCAGUUGAUUGAUGAUGUUCUAGAUUUCACGGGCACAUCGGCUUCACUUGGGAAAGGCUCCUUGUCCGACAUUCGCCAUGGUAUUGUAACAGCUCCACUACUAUUUGCAAUCGAGGAGUUUCCUCAGUUGAGUGAAGUCGUUGAUCGGGGUUUCGACAAUCCAGCAGAUGUGGACAUUGCCCUCGAAUACCUACAAAAGAGCCGUGGAAUUGAAAGGACAAGAGAACUCGCGGCAGAGCACGCCAACCGGGCGGUCGAAGCGAUCGAAGCUUUUCCCGAAAGUGACGAUGAGGAUGUCAUCAUCUCGAGGCGUGCCCUUGUUGAUCUGACCAACAGGGUUAUCACAAGAACAAAGUAGAAGGAUAUUCCACCUUGGCGAACAAACUGGCACUCGAGAACCAUGCUAUAUAUGAUUUAUCAUGUUACAAGUCACGCGAUUUUGUGAAUGCAUUCUUUUAGAUCAUAGUCACAAUUUUUUUAUGGGUUAUUUCACAGGAUUUGCGGAUCCGGGUAAGGACCCGGAUUUUUUUUAAAAAAAAUUAUUUAAUUCAGUCACAAGGCUUGAAUAACCAUGUUAAACUGUUCUGUAGUUCAGCUGUGUAUGCUUCUACAUGUAGGCCAAAUAUGCUGUAUUAGUUUUCCAGUUUGCUGCGAAAAUUGUACUAAAUUAUGAAUCAUUACUUUUUUUUUCUUUUUUGGCCAUUUCAGUGACAAUC